AUCGCAGCGUCGUACGGGAACAUCGUGUGUGUGUUUGAGCCGCUGGAGGUCAGUCCGGAAGGGAAAGCACAGAAAAAGCUGAAUUAUCAGUGGCAGAAGAGUGGGCAGUUUGCACUUCCGUCCACCGCACACAUCCUGACCUGGCAUCCCAGCGGGUCGUGUCUGCUGACGGGCUCGGUGUGUGUGCAGUUGUGGUGUGAUGUGUGUUUCAGCACACACACUGAAGAUGAAGCUGCUGCUGAGCUGCACUCCUGGAGAUGUGUGUGGCAGUGCAGGUCUCCGCCAGAGCUGCCGUCUGCAGCCGAGAGCAACUUCUCCUUCAUCUAUCUGGCACAUCCACGCUCCGUUACAGGCUUCUCCUGGAGGAAGACCAGCAGAUACAUGCCCAGUGGCACCAUGUGUAACGUGCUGCUGACCUGCUGUAAGGACAGUGUGUGUCGACUGUGGGCUGAAACUCUGCUGCCCAGCGACUGCCUGCUGUCAGGACACAAUCACAGCAGCACCGACCCGAUGAAGAACAACAACAGGAAGAAGAGCAGCGCCAGCACCACCCGCACGCUCAACCAGAACCACAGCCCGCUGGAGGUGUCGUUCGUGUCCAGGAUCCCGGUGGCGUUCCCCACGGGCGACGCUAACUCUCUGAGCGGCAGUGUGGUGAUGUACGCCUGCAACAGGAAUGUGGAUCUGGCGCUCCAGCAGGGGCGUCAGCGGCCCGCCGGCCUGCACUCGUCCUCCGCCCUGAUCACCCAGAACAAGCCCUCGUGCAGCAGUCUGCGCCUCAGCAUCUUCACCCCGAGUGUCCUGAUGAUCUCCAAACACACUGACGGAUCCCUCAACCAGUGGGCGGUGAGCUUCGCCGAGGACUCUGCCUUCUCCACGGUGCUCAGCGUGUCCCAUAAAUCCCGGUACUGCGGACACCGCUUCCACCUCAAUGACCUGGCCUGCCACUCGGUGCUGCCGCUGCUGCUGACCACCUCACACCACAACACCCAGAACCAAACCCAGAGCCCAUCCCCGACCCAGACUGCGUCCCGCAGGAGCAGAGUGGCGUCGGGUGGAGUGGGCCAGGAUCCCAAUGCGGUGUACAGUGAGCUGAUCCUGUGGCGAGUGGAUCCCGUCGGGCCGCUCUCCUUCUCUGGUGGCGUCUCGGAGCUGGCGCGGGUCAACUCUCUGCACACCUCUGCAUUCUCCAAUGUGGCCUGGCUGCCCACGCUCAUCCCCAGCAACUGCCUCGGUGUGUAUGGAAACUCACCCAGCGCAUGCUUCAUCGCCAGCGACGGACACUCGCUCAGACUCUACCAGGCUAUUAUUGAGGCCAAAAAACUGCUGAGCGAACUCUCCAACCCUGACAUCUCUAAAUAUGUAGGAGAGGUGUUCAACAUCAUCAGCCAGCAGUCCACGGCCCGACCCGGCUGCAUCAUCGAGCUGGACGCCAUCACAGAGUUUCAGGGGAAGGAGACGCAGAUGCUGCAUGUGUUUGAGGAGCAGCUGAUCCUAGGAAACCACAACACAGAGGAGGUGGAAGAGGAGUCUGUUUCCAGGCAGACGCUGUUCUCGGCGCGGUUCUUCCUGGUGGUGGUGGAGAUCACACAGAGCCGCAGGUCACUCCUGCACAUGUGGCAUCUACAGCUCCACGCAGAGCCCGUCAGCAUGGAGCAAACUCAGCCUCCUGCAGAAAAGCAGACGGUCUCUCCAUCAGCCCAGUGUAACUUUGAGUCGGUCAGUUCCUCCAGAUCUAAACUGAGCACCUCCAACCUGCAGAGCGCCUGCCGGCUCAGCCUGACCAGCAGCAGAGUCUACAGCCAGGAGAUGCAGCUCCCGCAGGGGGUGGAGGUUCUACGGGUCACGCCUGCUGCAGGUCACCUGAGCUCCUCGUCCCUGCAGCCGGCCGGUCAGGCUCCGUAUCUGCUGGCCACCUCCUGCUCAGACGGCAGCGUGCGCUUCUGGCGGUGCAGCACCGCGUGUGCAGAGCACACAUACGUGUGGGAGGAGUGGCCUCUGCUGGUGGAGGCAGGCGUGGCCAACAGCAGCGCGCUGAACGUGUGCGGAGCGAUCGCAGGCCUCAGCUGCUGCCACACCAGCAGAAUCGCCGUCGCACACCGCAGCGCGCACACACACCUCAGCGCAGACACACACCUCAGCGCAGACACACACCUCAGCGCAGACACACUCAUGCACAUCAGCAUCUUCCAGUGCGAGUCCACCGGCGGCUCCCAGUGGAUCCUGGAGCAGAAGCUGACGGUCAGCGGAGACGCAGAGAAACUCAGCGAGAGUUUCAUCAAUAAUAAUAAUAAUAACAUCACGUCUAAAGGCAUCAAGAGGCAGGUGCACCUGGACUGGGUGUCCAGAGAGGACGGCGCUCACAUAUUAACUGUAGGUUUAGGAUCGAAGCUCUACAUGUACGGGCUGCUCUCCGGAAAGCCUCCAGAUCUGGGCUCCUCAGACUGCAGCAGGGAGCUCCGCUUCUGCCGGCUGGUGCUGCUCAGGGUUGUGGAUCUGGUGUCGUCCGUCGAGGGAUCUCCACCUAUUCCUGUCUCUCUGUCCUGGGUGCGGGAUGGGAUCCUGGUGGUGGGGAUGGACUGCGAGAUGCAUGUGUAUUCUCAGUGGCAGCCGGCCUCAUUGCACAGACACGCUCUCAGCAGCAGCUCCGGCAGCGCUGCUUCGUUGAAGCAAGACGGACUGAGCCCGAACCCCAGUAAGAAGACUCUAUCCAGGUCCAUGAGGAGUCUGGCGCAGAAGCUGAGCGGGAAGAGGACGGUGCUGGACCUGCCGCAGGAGAUGCAGGACUGUGGGCUGUUCGAGGCGGCUCAUCAGCUGUUCCCCACGCUGCCGCAGUACCACCCCGUGCAGCUGCUGGAGCUCAUGGACCUGGGAAAGAUGCGGCGUGCCAAAGCCAUCCUGGCACACCUGGUGAAGAGCAUCGCCGGAGAGGUGGUGUCCUUGAAGGGUCAGGAGCGGCGUGUUCGUUCUCUCACCAUCAGCACCAGCGGCAGCACCACCCGCGACCCACGAGAGAUGUUCAGCCGGACGGAGAGCGCAGACUACACUGAGAUCGACUCCAUCCCGCCGCUGCCGCUGUACGCACUGCUAGCUGCUGACGAGGAGACGGCCACCAAUGCUAACGAGCGCACUGACGCCCUGACGGACAGUGUAUCAGCCCAUGGUGUGCUCACCUCCAGCCACAAGGAUGCAUAUGACGAGCUCUUUGUGGGCGGCGGGGGCGCUGUGGAGGAUCUGGACCCUUUUGAUGAUGACGACGAUGAUGAGAAUGAUGCUAGCGCUAAAGUGAUCGACCUGUCCAAAUACAGCCCUGUGUUCUUCGGGCCGGAGCAGGCUCAGGUGCUGUCGGGUCACCUGCUGCACUCCAGCCUGCCGGGGCUCUCGAGGAUAGAGCAGAUGUCUCUGAUGGCGCUCGCUGACACCAUCGCCUCCACCAGCACCGCCAUCGGGGACAGCACAGGUGGAGAGACGCUGGAUGAAUGUGGGCUGAAGUUCCUGUUAGCUGUUCGUCUGCACACAUUCCUGCUGACGUCUCUGCCUCCGGCUCACCGCGCUCCGCUCCUCUGUCAGGGUCUGUCCACCUGUCAUUACGCCUGGGCGUUUCACUCAGAGGCAGAGGAGGAGCUGCUGAACCUGCUGCCGGCGCUGCAGAGAGGAGAGCCGUCCUGGCCGGAGCUCAGGGCGAUGGGUGUGGGCUGGUGGCUCCGCAGCAACAACAAACUGCGCAGAUGCAUCGAGAAGGUGGCCAAAGCUGCUUAUCAGAGGAACAACGACCCGCUGGACGCUGCGCUGUUCUACCUGGCCAUGAAGAAGAAAGCAGUGGUGUGGGGACUGUACAGGUCUCAGCAGAAUGUGAAGAUGACGGCGUUCUUCAGUAACAGUUUCAGUGAGGAGCGCUGGAGGAGAGCGGCGCUGAAGAACGCCUUCUCUCUGCUGGGGAAACAGCGCUUCCAGCACUCCGCUGCCUUCUUCCUGCUCGCCGGAUCACUCAAAGACGCCGUCGAGGUGUGUAUAGAGAAGCUGCAGGAUCUCCAGCUGGCUCUGGUCAUCUGUCGGCUGUACGAGUGUGACUUCGAGAUGUCCUGCUCCUAUAAGCGGAUCCUGCAGAGGCAUGUGUUGGGUCAGGAGCAGCUUUCUGCCAAUCAGGACCCGUUCCUGCGCAGCAUGGCCUUCUGGGUACUGGAGGACUACAGCGGAGCUCUGGACACGCUGCUGGAGGAGCCGCAAGCCGACGGAAGCAGCCUGUCUUCUUCCUGUAACCCUGAGGUGUUCAACUUCUACCUGUACUUGCGCACACACCCUCUGCUGCUGCGCCGGCACCUGGGCUCCGCGGGGGCAGCCGGUGUGGGUCUGCAGGGCGAGAGUCGGCCGCUGGACUCCAUCAGUCUGACUGAGCGCAGGCUCUUCUUCACGGCUGCGUACGCUCACCUGCAGGCCGGAUGCCCCAUGCUGGCUCUGGAAGUGCUCUCCAAGAUGCCCGCAGUGGUGAAGAGCUCUGGAGUGCACAGCGCCUCUGCAGGCCUGGAGAAGAACAGCAGCCAGAGACAGCAGACGUCAGCUGUGGACUGGUCUCCGGCGGUGCAGAACGGGCUGGACUCAGUGUCGUCACUGUCGUCUCCACGUGAGGACAGUCAGUCAGACUCGGUGCUCAGUUUCGACUGGAGUCAGCCCUCCGUCACGCUGCAGGACGAGCCGCUGGAGCUCCACUGGGAGGAUGAAGAGGAAGAUGAUGAGGAGGAGUCGGGGCUGGCCAUGAAGAGCAUCCACCCAGACAGAGAGCACAGCCUCACACCAGAACAAGGUGCAGCGGCGUCCCCCUCGUCCCCGUGUGCAGACAGCAGCAGCAGCAGUGGUGUUGUUCUCCCGCUGAGCUCCGACAUGCUGGCAGCACAGCUGAAGUUCAGCUCCUGCCUGAAGAUGCUGACGGCGGAGCUGCGGACGCUCUCCACGGGCUGCGAGCUGGACGGAGGGAAGCUGCGGCACCAGCUGAGUGUGUGGCUGGAGCGUGAGGUGGCGGCGCUGCAGAAGAGCUGCGGGUACAACCCUCUGCUGGAGCCGCAGCCGCAGCACCGGCGCAGACACUGGCUGCAGAAGAACCAGCCGCUCCUGCGCAUCUUCCUCAGCUACUGCAGCCUGCACGGCUCACACGGAGGAGGACUGGCUUCUGUACGCAUGGAGCUCAUACUGCUGCUGCAGGAGUCACAGCAGGAUGGCGGUCUGCAGGUGUCAGUCCCCGCUCCGCAGCAUCUCUCCGUUCCUCUUUUCCUGGCCUGGACCGCCAGCUCUAAAACAGUGGUGGCCAAUCCCAUAAUGCACCUCACCAACCUGACCCACGACGUCCUGCACACCAUCACGGCGCUGGACACCCCUCCACACCCGGACCUCAUCAACAAUGAGAUCUACGUGAUGCACACACUGGCGGCCUCACUCUCCGCCUGCAUCUACCAGUGUCUCUGUGACGGACACAACUACAGCCAUGUGAACCCAUUCACGGGCAGCUCGUACCAGAGUGUCCUGCUUACCCAUCAGCCCUCAGUGCGGAGCGGCAGUGUGGAGGACUCAGUGCUGCCCGACACCAUUCCCUCACAGUGGCCUGGUGUGAGUGUCCUGAUGCGUCUGCUCAGUGCGUCUGGAGAGGAGAAUCAGCCGGGUGUGUCUGUGCUGCUGUGUGAGAUCCUCACUGCAGUCUUCCUCAGUCUGUUCGUUCACGGUUUGGCCACACACUCCACACACCAGCUCUACCGCACCGUUGCGCACCCGCUCAACAGCAGACUCUGGGUGUCUGUGUUCGGCGGCGGCGCUCGCAAUCCUGCACCCCAAAAACCAGGAUCGCCAUCAGUGGAGGAUGCAGAGCGUAGACAGCGGCGUUUCCGUCUGCCUUCAUCGCGCAGUAACUCCAGAGAGACUCCUGACAGCCCGCUCAGCCCCAGACCCUCCGCGACGGAGCCGGAAACAUCCGUGAUUAAAGAGAGAUUCGUUCCCCCGGAGCUCAGCAUCUGGGAUUACUUCAUCGCAAAGCCGUUCGUGCCUCCGUCCGGCAGUGUAGUGGAGUAUGACUCUGAUGACAGCCAGGGCAGAGACUGACAGUGUGAAAGUGCCGCUGGAGUCCACACACACACAG